AUGGCUGUGAAAACCUCCGCAGCUGCAUGGGAAUUUGUACGGAGCGUGACAGGGUACGGCUACGAGGGGGAUGACCAGUCGGCGGGUGCCGACCACCACGUGUGCGGUGAGCACGCGCGUGUGGAGGCUGCUGGGGUCGAAGACGCCGCAGGGUCGAGCAGUGCCCCGGACGCGUUGGACUACCGCCGGUUCGAAAAGAUAGUGGACUCAUCGGACGAGGAAAAGGCGCCUGACGAAGCUACGGUGGUGCGCCAGAAAGCAGAAGAGGUGACGAGGACUCUCUUCAGCAGCGGCCAAGGCGAAGUUGAGGGGGAGGUGGAGGACGACACCAGCAAGUACUUCAAGGCGUCCAGUGCGAUACAGGGCUGUGCACAUGACCGGUCCAAAGAACGCGCGCUCUUUGAACGACCGAACGAUGAAAAGCUCAUGAUGGCCAAUCGUUUCCGUUUUGCCGGAAACGACAAAUUUAAGGCCAAAGACUUUGAACAAGCCGCGUGCUGCUACUUAAGAGGUAUAAUUCAGUUGGAGUACACGUUUCCGGAUACGCCGAGUGAGGAGGCGAGGUACAAUGAGAUUAAGUUGGCAUGUCACUUGAACAUGGCGGCGGCCAAGUUCAACCAGGAUGACUAUACAGAGUGCUUUGUGCAGUGCGGGAACGCGUUGCGGGUGGACCCAGUUUGUGCGAAGGCGCGGUUCCGGCAGGGUCAGUGUCACGUGGCGUGGUGUGAGUACACGAAAGCGCAAAAGGCGUUUCUCGAAGCGAAAGAAAUGAAUCCUGACUUGACGGCAGCCUGUGACCAAGCUCUCGGUCUGGUGGCCGCAGAAGCGAAAAGGGAUACAAAGGGCAGCAUAUUCGAGGGGAUGUUUACCUAG